UCCUCUAAAAUUAAAGAACUUCAACAGUGUCAAAACUGUCAAAUUGAGCAGUUGUCAGAAUUUUUUGAACAAUUUGAAAAUAGUAAACACAGAGCACGUAAAUACCUACUUUGUUUGAAAUAUUAUUUAUUUCCUGACGCUAAAGGAUUAAGAUAAUAACAUAAUGUCUACAUCAACGUUGAAAGUAGAAUCAGGAAUUCAAUUACUUGCAAGGCUGACUAAGAAACCCACAAUUCAAAAUUUUUACCCACCGUUGUUUCAAUCUGAUCCAAAGCCUAGAGAAGUUAUUGAGAUAACAUUCAGUGAAGAUGCCCCCCAAUGCCUUCUUAACGAUAUAAUUUGUACCAAUUUAUUACCUGCAAAUUUUGGUGGUGCUGAAAUGGGUCUUUUAAUGUUUAAUUGCAGUGGAAAUUUUAGCUAUGUCUCUCUCAUGAGCAGAGUGCGAACGAAAAUAAUGGCUAAUACAACAUUUACUGGUGAUAAAAUUGAUGACAUUAUAGAAGGAUUGUUCAAUAAUUUGUUUGUUGUGGAGAUUCAUGACGCGACCCAAUAUUAUACAACAUUAUACAACCUAGAAAAUGUUUUAACUGCACAUCCAAACAUAUCGAUGAUUAUAUUUGAUACCAUAACAGCAUUUUAUUGGUCAGAACAAGGUUACAAAAUACAAAAAAUGGAUACCUAUUUAAAGAGAGUUUUAUCAAAAAUUCAACAUGUUACCAGAGAACAUAAUGUAAUAGUCCUUUACACAAAACCAGAAUAUUUUAAUUCACAUAAAGAUGUGUCAGACAAUCAAGAACCCUGUUGUGAAUUUCCUUGUCUGGAAGGAGUAAACUAUAAGAUAGGUGUAUCAUAUGAUAAGGAUAAUAAUUAUAUAGCAAAAAUAAAGUCAUAUAAUAUUCAACUAGAAAAGGGAUUUUGUGUAACAGAUGAUGAAAUAAGAUGGUUUUAACAUUUUUUUUUUUGCAAUUAAAGAAAAUUGUCCCUAGAAUCCUUAGAAUCCCUAGAAUGGUUAAAAAUUGACACUAUUUUUAACUCAUGAAGAUCAAACCUUACUGAAUUCAACACUACUCAAAAACUUGUCUCUUCAGAUCUGGGACCUGGAGAAAUAAUCUUAAACCUGACUAGAAGAUUUCAAGUUAUUACUCUUAACAUUCAUGAAAAAUAAAUUGCAAAUGUAUGUGUGUGUAUCUUAUGAUGGGUGAUUAAAAUGAAAGAUAAAUGGUAUAUUAACAAUUUAUUGUACAGAUUAGAAUAAAUAAGACUACUUAAAUAAAUUGGUUUCAUAAAGAUAAAAAUUUUAUUCCUAGAAUUAGAAGAUGUUAUAAAAUUAUGCCUAAUGGAAAUUUACAAAAAUCUUAAAAUACUGAUGCAAUCACAAAUAAAUGACACUAUGGUACCAUAUAAAAAUAAUACCUACAUUCAAGGGAGAUUAGUAAAAUAUCUUAAAAAUCUUUAAUACUUUACUGCAAUUUUAAAAGUUGUUUUUGUGCAUUCAAUUAG